AUGCUUGCACAUGUCGGUGGAGACACAAUCCUGCUUGAUCGAGCGGCGUGGGAUUAUGCUUCAAGGGGUGAGGAUACAACCCACUACCAUCCACCGAGACCAUAUCAAGAUCAAAGUAAUCUCAUCAUGAAGACGUUCUUCGGGCUCGUUGUGGCGUUGGUCGCCCUUUUCCAGUUGGCACUCGCGGCUCCAGUGGUUAUCGUUGACCCUGGCAACGCAGGGGACAUAAUCAUCACCAAGGAGAACACCAUCAACGCCACAAACCCUGCUCCACCCUCUUCCAACUCUUCCACUCUUGCAGCGCAGAAAUGGACGAAGAGUGGCAAGCUUCCACUCGCUUUGAGGAACAACUUCCCGGGCGGAGCUAUCAAUGCAUACGUUACUGGACUGGACCGGAACAACCGCCUCGUCAUGCUCAAGCCGGACGGCACCUUCUUCUAUCCCUCAGCGAACAGAAACAUUGCUGCACCGCAACUGGUGACCGCCAAUGUGGCUAUCCCAUUGGGCGCCCGAGGAAGCACGAAACAUAUCACCAUCCCAGACUACAUCUCCUCGGCCCGAGUUUGGUUCGCGGAAGGGAAGCUCAAGUUCUUCACGAUCUACUCUGACGCCAGCGGCGGACCGUCCCUCGUCGAACCCUCAGCCGUCAAUCCGUCGGACCCGUCCUCCGCGAUCAACUGGGGCUUCGUAGAGCUCACGAACACCGCGAACGGCGGUCUGUAUGCGAACAUCAGCUAUGUCGAUUUCGUCGGCCUCGUGCUGGGCAUGAAGCUGGACAGCGCGGAUGGCACACAAAUUGCAAAAGGCUUGCGAGCCGACGCCGUUUCUUCGAUCUGCAAGGAAUUGAAGGCUCAGGGUGCAAGAGACGGAAAUCCUUGGGGAGACCUGUGCAUGGUUGGACCCGGCGGCAAGCCUCUCCGUGUGCUUGCACCAAGCGACUAUGUCGCCUCCAACCCAAGAGCUUUCGGCAACUACUGGAACGAUUACAACAACAAAGUCUGGUCGCACUACACGUCUAACCACCUGACCAUCAACACGCAGACUGCACGAGGCCACGUCAACUGCAAAGUCUCUGGCAACCAAAUCAAAUGCGAUGGCGACAACAGAGGGUACGCGAAGCCCACCGCUGGCGACAUCUUCGGCUGCAACUCGGGUCCAUUCGGCAUUCUCGGCUCCGACAACGACGUCCACCGUGCUGUGGUCCCGAGGCUGUGCGCUGCUUUCAACAGAGGGACACUACUCAAGACUGGCGGCAACAUUCAGCCCGGUCUGGCUGCUGAUCACUACUACUCGACGACGCCUUCGAAUUGGUACAGCAAGUUCGUGCAUCAGUAUGAGGUUGAUGGCAAGGGAUAUGCUUUCCCGUACGAUGACGUGAACCCGGCCAUUGGUGUCGACCAGGCCGGCGUGGUUGCGGAUGCUCAGCCGGAGCUGCUCACUGUUAUUGUCGGAGGGCCGUUGUAA